CUUCGCGUUCCGUCGCGUGUAGUCCGCUCUGGCUUUCGAUUUCUUUGUCCGUUGACUGUGCAAGUUUCAGACGGGGGCGGUGCGAUACCCUCUCAAUGUGCGAGUUCUUGUAAGGAGUUUUUCGACAAAGUUAGCGAAUUUGACCUAUUUUGAUACGUGAACCUACAACAGGUGAACACUUCCUUCAACUCAGUAGUGUAUAAACAGUGUUCCAUUCGGAUUAGGAAUAAACCGUUUCACAUUGCUCCAGGACAAUAACUGUAAUUCCAAGGAGCUACAACCAUCGGGAUUUGAAUUUUGGAAAACAUCAACCGUUAGUUUUUCUGAGGAGAGCCUACACGCCAGCCUCCGCCGAACCACACCAAGCCAUGACGACCACCAAAGUGAUACUGAGUUUCCCGUGGGGCAACAGUAGCAACAACAACAACAACAACAACAAUGAAAAAUCAAAGGCAGACUCCUACCAGGACACGGGCCUCUGCGAAGCCGUGCUGAAAGUGGCCCGCAAAGAACUACGCGAAGACAAGGCAAUCCGCGAGCAGGCGCUGGAGCAGAUGCGCGAAUGGCUCAAGCAAAACCAGGAGAUCGAAAACGUUCGUACGGAUGAUUUGUUCUUGCUGAAAUUUCUCCGCACCAAGAAGUUCAGCGUCUUCAUGGCUCAGCAAAUGGUGCUGAAGUACUUAAAUCUGCGCAAAGUUCACAUGCACUUGAUGUACGAGUUGGACUUUCUGUCGCCAAACUUGAACAAACUAAUCAACAACGGCUACAUAUUCCCAUCGCCAGUUCGAGACAAGCACGGCAGACGGUUGAUCAUUGGAUUUGCAAGAAACUUCAACCCAGACGAACACACCAGCUCGGACAUGUCUCGUGUGCACUCGUUAACCUACGAAACGCUACAGGAGGAUCAACAGAACCAGAUUGUGGGAUUUGUACACAUUGGAGAUUUCAAGGGUAUCACCACCGCACACGUCUCCUGCUGGAAUCCCACCGAUUUUCUACGCAUGAUGAAGUGGGGCGAACAGUCGAUUCCGAUGCGUCACAAAGAGGUCCACUUGGUUAAUGUUCCAUCGGCGGUGAAAUACGUGGUCGACGCUGGAAAGUCGAUGGUCAGCAAGAAGAUGAAAGAUCGCUUUCAGGUGCAUGUCAACGUGUCAGACCUAUGCAGAAAGGUCGAUCCAGCAUGUCUGCCGAAGGAGAUGGGUGGCAACAUCCCAAUGGUCGAGAUGAUCGAAUGGUGGAAGCAAGAGUUAGCGGCCAAGCGAGACACGCUUCUAGCGUUGGACAAAAUGACAAUUCUCAGUGAUGGAAGCAUUAUUUCACGGAAUGGAACAGAUCGGAACAAUAACGAACGCGCACUCGGCAUGGAAACAAUCACCGGUAGCUUCCGGAAAUUGGAAGUGGACUAGGAACCUGAGCGAA